AUCAAGCUGCUGUUGCUAUAACUCGUUUAGCUAACUUUCUUGCUAGAGGAAGAAAAAAAAAAUCUCUUAUUAAGAUUAAACUAUUUAGAGAAGAUGGUAUUAAAGAUCCUGUUGAUUGGAUUAAUGAAUUUGAACAAACUACUACUGCUAAUAACUAA